AUGGCUGAAGCAGGCCCGUCUCACCCACACCCGCCGCCCAAGCCUGACGCGCCCAAGCCCGACGCCAAGGGCAAGCCGACAUUCGCUCGCCGACUCGCCGGCAGCAAGGGCGCUCGUCUCGCGGCAACAGCAUGGCGGUGGAAGGCGCCUGUGUUCGGUGUGCUCGCUGUGGGCUAUGUGGGCCUCGUCUACAGCGCCGAGAAGCAGAAGGCGCGCAAGCGCGACACGAUCCCGGACAAGACGUACCUCUACUGGAAGCUGUACGACGGCGGCAUCGUCGAGGCCAAGUCGACCGGCUCGUCCCUCAACUACCUGUUGAGCUCGUCGCAGUCUGGCGCACCAGAAGAGCCGCCACGCGUCAUGACCAUCUUUGACGUCGUUCGCACGCUCAAGUUCAUCGAGAACGACGACCGAGUUCGCGGCAUCAUCGCCGACUUUUCCCAUACCUCGCUCCCGUCCGUCCCGUCGUACAACCUCGGCCUCGCGCAGCUCGAGGAGAUCCAGGACGCCAUGCUCGAGCUGCGACGGGUCAAGCACGACAAGUUCGGGCCCGAGGGCUGGCGCACCGUGGCCUGGACCGACACGUUCACGAGCCAGGGCCAGUACCUCCUCGCGUCGACCUUUGACGAGGUGUACUGUCAGCCGACGGGCGAGGUUCCUCUUGUCGGACUCGGAUCGACUACGCCUUUCUUCGGUCGACUCGCACGUUGGCUCGGCAUCGAGGUGCACGCUGAGGCGAGGAACGAGUACAAGUCGUUCAUCAGCCCUUACACGCGCGAGGAGUUCACCGAGCCGCAGCGCGAGAACCACGCCCAGCUCAUCAACGACUUGAACGACAACCUCCUCACCUACAUCGGGCGCAACCGCUUCCCCGAGAAGGGCGGCCAGGGCUCGCUCGACCACGUCCGAGCGCUCACCAAAGUCGGGCCGUUCACGGCACGCACGGCGGUCGAGAGCGGCCUCGUCAACGGCACGACCUACCGCCAGGACGUGCUCCACUCGGUCACGGACGAGGGCUUCGGUGGCGACCCCGAGGUCAAGUUCAUGGGCUUCUACCACUACCACAAGGUCCUCGAGCGCGCCGUCGAGAAGCACAUGAAGGAGGCGGUCGAGGUCGGCGUCGUCUACGUCCUCGGCGGCAUCGGCGACGCGGGCGAGUUCGGUACAGCGUCGAUCGUGCGAGGACUCAAGGAGGCCGGCGAGGACGAGACGAUCGGCGCCGUCGUCUUGCGCAUCGACAGCGGCGGCGGCGCCGUCGUCGACUCGGACACGAUCUGGGGCGCCGUCCGCGAACUGCGCGUGAAGUACGGCAAGACGGUGGUGGCCAGCUUCGGCAACGCGAGCGCCUCGGGCGGGUACUGGAUCAGCACCCACGCCGACGCCAUCCUCGCCGCUCCUUCGACCAUCACCGGCAGCAUCGGCGUCGCCUCUCUUCGUCCCACGUUCCUCCAGUCCUUCUUCGACCGCUUCCACGUCACCCUCGAGUCGUUCUUCACCGGCUCGCGCGCCCAGGACCCGACGCACUCGCUCACGCCGGCCGAGCUCGAGCGGCACUCGCGCAGCGUCGACGACAUGUAUGACGACUUCAAGCGGCGGGUGUGCGAGGGGAGGGAGAUCAGCCCGGACGUCAUCGAGGGCAUCGCCGGCGGCAGGGUCCUGAGCGGGCUCAAGGCGUUCGAGCUCAACGCGCCCGAGGAGCUCAUCCGCCAGAUCAAGGGCCUCGACGUGCCGCCGCUCGAUGUCGAGCAGCUGCGCACGGUGGGCGACGCGUCGGUCGCGCCGGUCGAGGUCGGCGGCGCCGAGUCGACACCGGUCGCCGUCCUGCCCGAGGACCAAGAGACGUCGCCGUUCGCCGUGCCCGAGGUCGAGCUGCAGGCGAUCGUCGCACCUGUCGCCGACGCCGCCGGCGCCGACACCUCGGCGAGUGCGUCGGCGGCGAGCCCUUCGCCGGGUCCCUCACCGACAACCUCGACCUCUUCCUCUUCCACCGUCGCCAACGUCGCCGCAGCCGCCCUCGACAGCUCCGACACGACCUCUUCCAUCACCUCUCGUAGGACCUCGACCGACGCCUCGACUGAGGCGGCAGGCGCGCCGGCGGCGGGACCUGCAGCGCGGCGCCAGGUCGGCGGCGUCAAUGGUGCGGCCGGCACGUACGAGUACGAGCCCGGCCCGUACGGCCGAGGCCUGAUCGACGGCUUGGGCGGUCUGCGCGACAGCGCCAUCUACGCGUGCCAGCUCUUUAUCGCCAACGGCAUCGCCGGGUACAAGGAGCAGAACCCGGGCGCCACGGACCAGGACGCCAUGCGCGAGCUGCUCCCCGACGUCAAGUUCGUCCAGGCCGACAACGGCGAGCUCGCUCUCGCACUCGAUGUCACGCUCAAGCGGUUCCCGGUCCAGAAGAGCUUCUGGCAGCAGCUCGCCGACGCCUCCCGCCGCGGCGACUCGCUCGGCGACUCGGUCUCGUCCGUCCUCGUGCCGCAGCUUCACGCUCUGCGGACCGUCGCGGCACGAUGGUUCCUCUCGGCCGUCGCCGACAGUGUCGUCGAGGAGCUCAACGGUUCGGCAACGCCCGGUGCGGGGAGCGGCGUCGGCCUCGCAGGCGCGCGCGGCGCAGGACUGGCGGGCAAGCUCGCGGGUGCGACGGGCGUCAAGGAGGGCAGGAGGGCCGAGUGGAACGGUGGCGCGAGGUGGAUGUAGAGCUCGAGCCGACGCUCGUGGGCGCGAGGGACGCGCGAGCAAUAGAACCUGCCCGCUCUCAUCGAGAGUG